GGGAGUGUCAGUCGCGGAGUGGGCUACACGCAAAGAGAAGCCAAGAGAGCAGCUGUUCCUCUGUAAACUAAAAAACAAACCCAGUAUUUUACACAACAUGAGAGCUGCAUCUUACACCCAGAAGAGCCUGCAGGUUAGCAGCUCCAGCGGCAGAGCAAGGAUUCAGAGCCCAUCACCUUCCCGGUGCCGUGGAUCCUCCUAUGACAGCCGUGGACGCUCCGGUUAUCGCAGCACUGCUGUUGAGUUGGGCACGGAGAUCCACCAGCAACAUGCCAACGAGAAAGAGGAGAUGCAGGAACUCAAUGUCAAGUUUGCAGGAUACAUUGAGAAGGUCCAGGCACUAGAGCAGAGAAAUGCUGCUCUUCAAGCUGAGCUAGCUGCACUGCAGGGCCGCUACAAGGGAGGCCCCACAGGCAUCGGAGAGGAAUACGAGCUCAAGUUUAAAGAGGUGCGAGAGCUGAUUGAGGCCCUGACUAAUGAGAAGGGAGUAGCUGAUAUUGAACGGGGCUACAUUGAAGAGGAGGUUGAAGUUUGGAGACUAAAGCUGGAAGAGGAGCUAGCACUCAAAGAAGAGGCGGAGAUGAUCCUGAGGGAGUUUCGCCAGGAUGUUGAUAGUGCCACUCUGCAGAAGGCAGAGCUGGAGAAGCGUAUAGAGCAACUAGUGGCUGAGAUAGAGUUCCUCAAGAAGCUGCAUGAUGAAGAGGUGGCUGACCUCAUGAAGCAGAUUGAGGACUCAAAGAUUAGCGCUGAGCUGGAUGGCGAUAGGCCUGACCUGGCUGCUUAUCUGCGCAACAUGCGCGCAGAGAUAGAAUCUGUUGCUGCCCGCAACGUCCAGGAAGCUGAGAAGUGGUACAAGAGCAAGUUUGACACCCUCAAGGAACAUGCUGGAAAACAUGAAGAGCAAAUGAAAACCAUGAAAGACGAGAUCACAACCUUCCACAACCAAGUGACAGAGCUGCAGAGCCAGAUUGAUGGGAUGAGGGCUCGCAACUCAGCCCUAGAGCAGCAGCUGGAGGACAUGGAGAUGUCCCACAUGGAUAAGGUGGGGAGCCUCGAGGGUGUCAUUGCUCAGUUGGAGGCCCAGCUCUGUGAAACCAAAUUAGAGAUGACCAAGUAUCUCCAAGACUACCAGGAACUGCUGCACAUUAAGCUCAAGCUGGAUGCCGAGAUCGCCACCUACAGGAAGCUCCUGGAAGGAGAGGAGCAUAGGCUUGGAAUUGCCAAAGAUGUUUAAUGUCCAGGAUGAGAGGAGAGUCCAAAGCAGCCACAGAGAAGAGCAUUGUGGAGAAUUCUCACCUAUCUUACCCGAUUCUUCCCUUUACCCAUCUUUACCCUUCUUACUCUAAGGGGCUGGGUAUUGUUUGGAAUAUUUCUAUACCAGUGCUGAUUUGACACCUGAGUUUCAGUACAGAGGCUAAAAGGAACCUGACUUUGAGAAAUAUGUUAUAUCUACAGAACCUUUUUUUCAAAUAUCAAAUGGGGACAAUUAUUUAAAAUGUUGUCCUAACAUGGUCAAUAAAUAUGAUAUUCAAAAAUUGUAAUAAACUGAGAGAAAAAUGCAUGCCUACUCUAGUGAAAUUCUGGCUUGAAGGCAUUCUUUUCCUCCAAAUUUUGAUUCAAAUCAGGAAGUGUCUGAUCAAAUAAAUUAGUAGACAUAGACAACAAGAUUAUGAGUCUGAUCAAACAUUUGAUGCAAGCUUUCUGUACUUUAAAGCCAGGGGCACUCUGUGUUACAGUAUUGAGGUUUGAUACUCAGCCCUUCUUGACCUCUAUUGCUUACCUUGCCACACCCUGACCCGUUUAUCCUUAGGUCUUUGCUUGUCUGCUUGGCACCCUAUUUCUCCAAGUCCUUCAUACUUCAAAUCUUACAUAAUUUUCUCAAAACAACCCUGUCCUCCUCCUUUCCUAACCAGCUCUACCAGCAGCACCCCCUGGUUCCUUUUUGUUGGCCUUAGUUGUCCUUAGUUACUCCUUUGUUAGCUUCUUUUCCUUUACUCCUUUCCCUACAACACCCUUGCAGAAUUCACCUUCCCUUGAUUUUUGUCAAAUCAACCCCACCACAUCUUUCACCAUUUGAGUCACUUUCCUUUGCUACAUCUGCACACUUUUUGCAGCCACUGCUUCUCUCGAUCCAACUUUAGGAUCCUAUUACACCCCUUUACAAAA